AUGGAUUCGCCAGCUGCGGAAUUGUCGCACGAACCUUCUGCGACGGAUACCCCACCGGCAGAUGCAACAACUUCGGUACAGGCGACACCUGCGCCAGACUCCGCUUCAUCAGAUACGCCUGCGUCAGAUACGCCUGCACCAGCGGAUGCGGAGCCUGUCAGGAGCUCUGCGGCACUCGCAUCCACCACCACGGUACAGUCUGACCAAUCGCCAGCUGCAGCAGACGGUACACCAGUGGCGUCAGACACGCCCGUAUCCUCGUCAGCAGGAGACGCAAGCGGUCCCAUUUCUGCUGGUUCCGACGUUCAGCCAGUUCCUUCUGACGUGGCACCGUCGGUUGAUUCUGAUCGUGAUCCUGCCACGUCGUCGGGCCCUGCUCGCCGCAGCGAAGGCGUUGCGGAGAGGCGGGAGGACGGCGCAACGGCUGGCGGAAGGGGCGGAAAUGGUGAAGCGCAGGGAAGCGAGGUGCGCGGAGGGGGAAGCGGCCGAGGGGGAAGCGGAGGAAGGGGAAGAGGUAGGGAAGCUACUAGGACUACCAGCAGCAGCGGUAGGUCCGCGAAACCAGCGUCUGACGCGGUAAGGCGGUACACCGCUGAGGCAUCUGCUCCGCCGGCCUCACUACUGGAGCAGGCGCAGGCGUUACCCGGUUACUCGCUCUUCUCCAAGGGCCUGCAGUCGCUUCGUUCGUCGCUCGCCAGCCCUUCGCCUGACUCUUCGCCAAGCCCUGCGACAGGGAGAGCAGGUGGAGGUGAGGGGGGUAGUGCCAGUGGGUCAGCAGGACGAGGACGAGGAAGAGGAGAAGGGAGAAAAGAAGGCGCAGGUGGGACAAGAAGCACGUCUGGUGCUACUGCUGGGCCUGGAGGCGCAGCAGCAGCAGGAGCGGGAGUUGGCGGAGCAGCAGCAGGGGAAGGAGGGGGAGGGGUUCCAGUGGUGCGCAGCGCAUCAGGCGGAGCAGCAGGGCUGGGCGGGUUAGUUGGGGGAGCGGCAGUGGACAGCGCAGCAGUGCGGGAGUCCGCCAAGGAGGUGCUGAAAAGCGCGGAGAAGCUGCAGGAGAACGCGCGCGCUGCCCUGGGGUCGUUCUUCACGUCGCUCUCUGAGAAGGGCGCGGGCGCGCCUGGAGGGAGGAGGGGCAGGGGGAGAGGAAGGGGUGGUGGUGGAGGGAGGGGUGGGGAGAGGCAGGGUGGAACAGGUGGGGUUGGUGCGGGUGCAGAGGGGAUCGGAAAGGGGGAUGGUAGUGAAAAGGGAGGAAAGACGGGUGGAGGGAAAGGAGAAGGCAAGGCAGAAGGGAAGGGAGAAGGGAAGGUGGCAGCAGCAGUGGUGGCCGGAGGCAGUGUUGCAGGAGAGAGCGCACAGGGAGGAGGAGUAAAGGAGGGCGAAGGAGAGAAAGGGCCAGGGACAGAAACACGGGAGGAGGGGCGGACGGCGGGAGAUGCAGAAACGAAGGAAGUGGAGGUGGAGAAAGUGAAGGCGGAAGGAGCGGUUGGGAAGGAGGGGGUGACUCAGAAGGCAGAGAAUGAGGGGGAGGAGGGAGGGGAAGCGGGGGAGGUGGGGGACGUUGACGGGGGGGAUGACUUAGUGGCGGAAAUAUUAGAGUGGGCGGCGACAGCAGGGGAGGACGCGGAUGAAGAUACAGAAGCGGCGUUUGCUGCUGUCAUGGAUGCCCUGGGUAGUGAGGGCGAUGAGGAGGAGGAUGGGGAGGAGACCAAGGGUGGCAGUGGGAGUGCUGGUGCUGGUGAUGGUGCUGGUGCUGGUGAUGAUGCUGGUGCUGGUGAUGAUGCUGCUGGGGAAAUAGGCGAAGAGGCAGGGUCGGAGGGAGGAGGAGGAGGCAUUAGGCUGAGUUCUGCUGACAAGGGGAAAGCGAUUGCCUCAGAAGAGGGUGACGCAGGGGGUACAAGGGGGUGGGUGGAGGAGAGUAAGAAGGGUUUAUUGGAUGGGACUAAAGGCCUGGUCGAAGGGACUAAGGAGCUUGUAGGUGAAGGUACUAAGGGGUUUGUGAUAGGGACGAGAGGGUUGAUGGAGGCGACUAAAGAGUUGGUGGAGGAAGGGAGGAAGGAGAUUGUUGAAGGGACGAUGGAGUGGGUCGAAGAGGGGAAGAAAGGGAUUGCGGGCGGUACGAAGGUGUUACAGGACGGUUCGAAGGUGAUUCAGGAUAGGACGAAGGGGCUGGUGGAGCGGUCGCAGAGUGCAGCAAAGGCGAUACAGACGCAGGCGAAGCACAUGGCGUCGCAUGGCAAGAGGCGGUUCCAGCAGGGCGGGUUUGACCUGGAUAUGACUUACAUCACUGCUGGGGUCAUUGCCAUGGGGUUUCCCGCUGGGGGCGACGUGAAUGCCGGCAUCAUGAGCAUGGUGGAGGUGGGUUUGGAUGGCAAGAGGCGGUUUCAACAGGGCGGGUUUGACCUGGAUAUGACUUACAUCACUGCUGGGGUCAUUGCCAUGGGGUUUCCCGCUGGGGGCGAUGCGAAUGCCGGCAUCAUGAGCAUGGUGGAGGUGGGUGCUGUGUUGGAAUGCAGAAGUGAGUGCAGGGGUCACAGGCAGGUUUCACUUCCUCAACAUAUCCAUGUUUCCUCCUCAGUACCCAAUCUCCCUUCUCUCCCGCUCCCUACUCCCACUCUCCCCUUCCUCGCUCGCUGCAUGCGACCAGGGUCUAUACUGCAACCAUGUCACAGACGUGGUUCACUUCCUCGAAAAUUAUCCAUGUCCCUCAGUGCCCAAUCUCCCUUCUCUCCCCUCUCUUCCCUCUUCCUCUCCACCAUCUCCCCUUCCUCGCUCGCUGCAUGCGACCAGGGUCUAUACCGCAACCAUGUCACAGACGUGGUUCACUUCCUCGAAAAUUAUCCAUGUCCCUCAGUGCCCAAUCUCCCUUCUCUCCCCUCUCUUCCCUCUUCCUCUCCACCAUCUCCCCUUCCUCGCUCGCUGCAUGCGACCAGGGGUCUCUACCGCAACCAUGUCACGGAUGUGCUUCACUUCCUCGAGACGUACCACAAGGGUCGCUACAUGAUCAUCAACCUGUGCGCAGAGCCUUUGUACCAGUACGACCCAUCGGUCUUCCAUGGCCGUGUGGGGGCGUUCCCCAUUCCCGAGGGGCAGGUGCCUUCCUUUCCUCUCCCCUGUCCUCCUCAUACCCCUUCUCUCUCACGCCCCUCACCCCCCAGGGUCGCUACAUGA